AUGGUGGAGAACAGGACAAAUGUAACAGAGUUCAUUCUCCUAGGAUUAACCGAUGCCCCAGGACUCCAAGCUCCACUCUUGGUCAUGUUCACAUUCAUCUACUUCACCACUGUUGUUGGCAACCUGGGCAUAGUCAUGUUGAUUCUGCUGGACUCUCGUCUCCACACUCCCCUGUACUUUUUCCUCAGUAACCUGUCUCUGGCUGACAUUUGUUACUCCUCAGCUGUCACUCCCACAGUCAUGGCUGGGCUCCAUACAGGACAUAAAGUCAUCUCCUACAAUGACUGUGCCGCUCAGAUGUUCUGCUUUGCAACCUUCGCCAGUGUGGAAAAUUUCCUCUUGGCAGCAAUGGCUUAUGACCGAUAUGCAGCAGUUUGCAGACCUCUCCAUUAUACCACCACCAUGACACCAAGUGUGUGUGCUCGCUUGGUCAUAGGCUGCUAUGUUGGUGGUCUUCUGAAUGCCUUCAUCUACACUGGAGACACAUUUAGUCUCUAUUUCUGUAAGUCCAAUGUGAUUCAUCACUUUUUCUGUGAUAUUCCAGCAGUAAUGGUUCUCUCUUGCUCUGACAGACAUAUUAAUGAGAUGGUUCUUAUCUAUGUUGCGACCUACAAUAUCUUUUUUGCCCUUCUUGUUGUCCUAAUAUCCUACACAGUCAUUUUUAUCACAAUCCUAAGUAUGCAUUCAGCUUCUGGAUAUCAAAAGGCAUUCUCUACCUGUGCCUCUCAUCUCACUGCAGUUUCCAUAUUUUAUGGAACAGUCAUCUUUAUGUAUUUGCAGCCCAGCUCCAGACAUUCCAUGGACACAGACAAAGUUGCAUCUGUGUUUUAUACCAUGGUUAUUCCCCUACUAAAUCCUAUCGUCUACAGUCUGAGGAACAAGGAGGUGAAGACUGCAUUCAAGAAAGUUCUUUUGAAGGCAAAAUUUCCAUAA